CACCGGGCGAGAUAGAGCACGGUCGUUUGUAUUAUGACGUAAAAUGUGCGCAUACUGUGCACGAGGUUUCUCGCGUGUCGAGAAUUCAACGCCCGGAGAUGAUUUUUGUGACGCAUCUCGGUAAUAACUAGCGGGACAGCUGUCUUCGUUAAACCAGGCGAAUUAGACGGAGGAUAAUUUUUGAAGAAGAUCGAAUCAAUGGUCUUGAACCGCUGUUGCGUUAUUAUUAUAAUACAUCGAAGACACGAGGAAUUUUUAAUCAGUGAUCAAAGUCUACUUUGAAAUCGAAGUGGAACACCUGGUUUGAAAAGCUUUUAGUAGAGCUUGGAGGAGGAUUUGUUGGACACGACCUCUGAUAUGUGUAUUUCUCGCGCGAUACAUUUUUUAAAUCAUUUUCAUUUCUAUUGGAAGGAUAGUACGAGAAGCUAAGGAGGCGAAGGACGACACUGUUUGCGAAUUUCUAUUGGAUACCUACAGAGGACCACUGUUCCGAACACUCGCCAUCUGCGAAAGAACUGAAGCUAUUCAUACAAGACGACGCUAUUCUCCAAUCUUCACUCAACAUCCACCAAGCACUGCUCUGAGAACUCGUCAACACCAAAGCCCUCCUCUCCUCGGAAUCCAAACCUACGCGAAACCUGUCUCAACCAGAAGUAUCUACGAAACCCGAAACCUGCACCCAACCGCUGCGAACCCUCGCCAACCUCGCGCAUCUUUUCCCCGAAAAAAAAGGGAACGAGAGAGAACUACGUCGCUCCACGGACUCGCAGAAAUUCUGAAAACUUGGCCGGAUCGUGAUCGAGAAUUGGAGCCUAGCUCGUGGCCGUCGACCUCAUUCAAUUACUCUUAUCGGCGUUCAGGUGUCAGGCGUUAUCAGACGCGGGCCGCAGCCCAGCCGUGACGAAAAUUUCGCCGGGCCGAACCGAGCUUCCUAAUUGUCAGCGUUCGCGCAAUUAGCCGUCGGUUUUCCGGUCGCGCGUGUGCGCGAUCGAUAAGAUGCCGAUCGUGCCGGCUUAUCGGGCAACGAGCCACCGAUAAGAGUCGCCCCCGGAGCUGUCGGAGCGGGCACGGGCAGGCCGCGAUACGCGGAUUAUCCGCGCGGCUCGUUUAUUCCCGCGUACGCCGCUACAACGACGACAAUCGGCCUAUCGAGCCUCCUGGUGGCCCCACGUGGGCGACCCGUCGAAAAUUAGGAUCGUUGUUGCCCUGGAAUUCCGUUGUCGCCGAGGGUGAACCGAGCCGAUCCGUUCGAUCCACCCCUUUCGGAUCAUGGAGAAGAUAGGGGACAUCGAGGCCGGGACCCUGGGGAUCCCUGGUCAGUGUAUUUUGAAGAAUUGGGAGAGGAUGACGAGGCCCGCGAGUGGUUAGCUGGUGUUUGAGCGGUUGGCUUUGAAGAUAAAUAAAAAGGGGAUUGUUGCGCCGAAACUGGACCGGUGCUUUGAGGGAUUGGAGGAGGAUAAAAGGAGACCUGUUGAAUGUUAUAAAUGCUGGCCGGAAAUUACCGAGUAUUGUUUGUUGGCUCUCUUUUUUGACCAUUCUGGAAACAUUAUAAAAAUGUGAGAAGGAUAGUUAGGUAAUUGGAAAGGGAAUUGCUACGUGUUUCUGGUCAGUGCGUUUUGAAAAAUCUAAGAAAAGGUGAAUUUAAAUGAUUCUAAGAUUUUUUGGACCGUUCUGAAAACAUUAUAAAAAUAUGAGAAGGAUAGUUAGGUAGUUGUAAAGGGGAUUGCUACGUGUUUCUGGUCUGUUUUAAAGAAUGUAAGAAAUGGCGAAUCUAAGUGAAUCUAAGAGGCACACGGUUAAGAAGUAGUUGGAGCUUUGUGGAAUGUCGACUGAAUUUAAUGAAGAUGCUUGCCAAAUGUUAACAGCUAUAACCGAUUGGCUCACCUCGAGUACCACCUUCUAAGAGUGCCUACAAACAGGCAACAAAAAGAGAACCGCUGGUCUUGGUAUUACGACGAAUUGCAAAACAGUGACUAGAGCGCUAAAUAGAUAUGAAGAUUGCAAUCAUCGUUUGAUCCAUUCACAAGAUAUUCCUGGGAACAACAAGAACAGACUCGGAAUAGUCAUACAGCUACUUCUAUCUCAAACUUUAGAAGAUCCGGCCGUCCUGCGAGACCCUUCAGGGAUGAUCAACCUCGUCCACGUACUAUUAACACAAUCUAAUUAGAGAAGAUGGAAGUCUAAAAAUACUGGCACCACAAAGAUAACAAUGAUGAUGGUCGAUGAAGAUGACGAUAGUCGUGGAUUCAAAGCUCGCGAGGUUGUCGCGUCAGUGCAAGCUUUGGUAAACGUUCAUCGCCGCUACCAUAAACGCCGGUGAUCGUCGAAGCGUGACAGAACUGCGGAUACCGCGAAAUCGCGAGCACCGAGGUGCGCUUGGAUAAACAGAGAUCGAUGUUUGCGAUGCAACCGAUGCGUCGCGAUAGAAACGAAAUCGUAAUCUGUUCUCGCGAUCGCGGCACAGUCACGAGCUCGUGACGUGGCGUCGUAUCUCUUCGUGAUCUCUCGGAACGUGAUCAAUCUGAUCGGCGCUCGAUCGGGCCACCUUGGAAUCGCGAGCGUGUCGACAGUUGCGCGAAGUUGAUUCACCCGGAAUCGCGCGUGGUCGAGCCCGAGCGCGUUCGAGAAAAUCGAAAAUCGAAGCGACGGGUCGAUGAAGGUUCGAUGCGUGUGUUGUGAUCUCUAGUGGAUAUCAUCGUCGCGAUGAGUAUACUGCUGUGGCGACAGCGGAGAGCCAGUCAGCCGAGGGCGGAAAUCCUUUCCUUGGCAAGGGAGGAUGAAGAAUGGAGCGACUCGGAGAAAACACCAUCGGUGAGCAGUGGCGUGGACGGCGGUGGAUCGGCAGUCUCCAGCCCGAUCGCGCCAGUCGUCGAGGAGGAAUCGAGCCUGCCACCACCACCGAGACUGAAUCAUCCACCCUCCUCGGUCGGUAUCGCGAAUUCGGCCGCCGAGGACAUCAGAUUGAGGCUCAGCGUGCUCUCUGAGGACGCUAGGAAACGGCUGGCUAGUCUUACCGAAGAUAUCGAGGUCGCUAGGAGCUUGAGAGACCGACAUGCUACCUCGAGGCACAAUCAGGCGCGAGAGACGAGUCCCAAAGACAUGGACGAGGAGGGUAUGGUCGUGGUCAAGGAGGAGGACUGCCAGCCGAGGUCGUCGUCUUCCUCGUCCUCCUCGAUUCGAAGAAGGGAGUCCGUCUGCAGGAGAGACUCCGAGGACUCCUCGAAGCGAUCCAACGCGGACGACCCUCCUUCGGAGAAGAAGCUCAAACCCGACGACGAAGCUACACCAAGACUGAGACUCAAUGCUAGUCUGGCGACGGAUCCUGCUCUCCGACCCGCGACCGUAGCCGCGCUUACCGUCAAACCGGAGAACACCUCGCCGCCGAAUCCUGUGCCACCUUCGCCAGCUGGUCUUCAGAAUGCAAUCGCAUCUGGUCGGUUGUUCGUGCUGCAAACCGACGGCAAAGAGACGAUCACCGUGGAGCCAGCCAGGCCAGCGCCUCUGAUUUGUCCACCGUGCGGAAUCCGCUUCAGUUCGGCGAGCACUCUGGAGGCCCACCGCACCUUCUAUUGCGCCCAUCGUCCGCGGCUGGAGGAAGACGCCGCGAACGACGAGGACGAGGAGAAAUCCAACAAGUUCGAAGUGAGAAAGGCGUACGCCUGUCCCCACUGCUCGUACAGCGCGGAUAAGAAGGUCUCCUUGAACAGACACAUGAGGAUGCACGCAGCGUCUCCGGCGCCGCCCACGAUACCGGCGGCACCGACUCCAGCCACCACGCCAGGAAGCGGCGCCGCGGCAGCUUCCAACGGCUCGUUGAACGAGGAGGCGGAGCGAUACUGCAGAAACUGCGACAUCAGAUUCAGCUCGCUCAAGACCUACAGAGCGCACAAAACUCACUAUUGCAGCACCAGGCACGUCGUCAAGGACACACCGCCAACGACCAGCGCGGCCUCGUCGUCCGUCAAGGCGUCACCGCCGACCAGCGCGAGUCCUGGUGACUCUCCGCCGCCGCAGCCGUGCCUGGCUUUACCCACCAACCCCAUUCUGAUCGUGCCGUACUCCCUGUUUCGCGGAGCCAGCGUCUUGGCCGCGCCGACUCUGCCUGCGCCCGACACUGCGUGCUUCCUUCUUCCAAAUGGCCAUCUCCAGCCAAUGACCAGAGGCCUAGCAACCACAGCGCAAAACGCCGUGGUCGAACCUCCUCCGGUCCUUCGAGCAGCGAACAAGCCGACAACGCCAGCGUCGGUGGUAGCGUCGUCCACGUCGCCGCCCGGUUCGGCGCCUCUCGAUCUCAGCGUCAGAAAGUCGCCAGCGCAUCAGGACGAAAAGGAAAACAGGGUGUCGCCGGCUCCUUCCUCUCUGCCUCCGCCACCUGGAAGCCCGAGAUCCAGGGGAAGCGGUAGUCCCAGAGCGAGGUCGAUCGGCUCCGCUCCAACGGCAGCUGGAACUGUUGCACCGCCUCCACCGACGGAGCUCGCUCUGAGACUUGCCGAGCUCCCGCCACCGCCUGUUCCUGGCGUCCUCGUCAAACAGGGUGUCUCGAGAUGCAAGGAAUGCAACAUAGUCUUUUGCCGACACGAGAACUUCGUCGCGCACAAAAAACAUUAUUGCCAAGCGAGGGAAACCACGGUCAGCAACAGUCCACCGCCACCCGGUACACCAUCGCCUCCUUUAGUCCAGCUUAUCUGCGCAGCGUGCGGCAUCAAGUUCGCCUCCAUGGAUAAUCUUGUGGCCCAUCAAGCGUUUUACUGCCCCAAAAGGCCGGAACCUCAGGAACAUCACACGAGAUGCACCAAGUGUAAAGCUGUAAUUGAGCCCGGAGGUACGCACACGUGCACCAGCGGACCGACAGGUGGUUGGAGAUGUCCCGUAUGCGGCGCGGUUAGUCCAACAGCGGGAGCUGCUCAGCGUCACAUGGAUGCGCAUCAGGGCGUCAAGGCUUUCAGGUGCACGAUUUGUCGUUACAAAGGAAACACGUUGCGUGGUAUGAGGACGCAUAUCAAGAUGCACUUCGAGAAACGUGGAACCGAUCUGCAGGAGGAGAAUUAUAUAACGUGCGUGCUCGAUGACGAGACGGUCCUCCCGACCCCAGAACCUCCCCCAGCUACCACUCCCGAAGAGGUUCCAGCGGAGGUGCAGGUGAACGGUAAGGCCGAGAUUCGAAAGAGUCCUCAGCCAUUACCACCACCUCCGCCGCCAACGGUUACGAGCAAGGUGAAACAGGAACGCGAAGAUACGCCACCGCCAGAGGAAAGUUUAGACCCCAACAAGAGCGGUCCGCGUUACUGUCGGUCGUGCGACAUCAGCUUCAACUACCUGAGCACCUUCAUAGCUCACAAGAAGUUCUACUGUUCGAGCCACGCUGGCGAGGCGAGCAACAAUAACAACAACAACAACAACAAUAACAACUCAAGCAGCCACACCACGCCACCUCCCAGUGGCAGGACGGAGGCGUCCGUACUUUAAAGACUCUCAGGAUGCGAGUAAGCAUCUUCAUCCAAGGUGAUCGUUCUUAGAUGUCGCCAGCGGGACGACCCAACGGGACUGUUAAUUGUUGCCAGUUUAUAUAUAUAUAUAUGUAUAUAUAUA